ACCCCACAGCGGCAGACUUGGAGCCCGGUUUCCACGUCCCAGCCCCGAAGUUAUGUAGGUGGGGCGGGCUUUAAUUUGCUUAUAUCUAAUGAUUUCAGGAACCUCGCUUUAAAAUGGCGGCAUUCAGUAUACACCCCUGCUAAAGGCUCUCCCGGCACCGGGGCCACUUCGCGCAGCGCUGCUUUUGCUUCUGCAGCUAACAGAUGGCAUGUGCCGCUGUCGCUGCCCCUACCGCUGCCGCUGAGAGCAGGGCCCCUUAGCCUCUGGGUUUGCGCUAGCUGCACAAGUAUGACGGCUGUCAACCUUGCCUUGAUUCGGGAUACCAAUUGGCUGACUUUAGAAGUCUGCAGAGAAUUUCAGAGAGGAACUUGCUCCCGAGCUGAUGCAGAUUGCAAGUUUGCCCACCCACCAAGAGUUUGCCACGUGGAAAAUGGUCGUGUGGUGGCCUGUUUUGAUUCUCUAAAGGGUCGGUGUACUCGAGAGAACUGCAAGUACCUUCACCCUCCUCCACACCUAAAAACUCAGCUGGAGAUUAAUGGACGGAACAAUCUGAUUCAACAGAAGACUGUAGCAGCCAUGUUCGCCCAGCAGAUGCAGCUUAUGCUCCAAAAUGCCCAAAUGCCAUCAUUUGUAAGUCAUAGCUGUGUUUGCCGAGAAUUUCAGCGUGGAAAUUGUACCCGUGGGGAGCAUGAUUGCCGCUAUGCACACCCUACAGAUGUUUCCAUGAUUGAAGCUAGUGAUAAUACUGUGACGAUCUGCAUGGAUUAUAUCAAAGGUCGAUGCUCCCGGGAGAAGUGCAAGUACUUUCAUCCUCCUGCACACUUGCAAGCCAAACUCAAGGCUGCUCAUCACCAGAUGAACCAUUCUGCUGCCACGGCAAUGACCCUACAGCCUGGUGCACUUCAACUGAUACCAAAGAGAUCGGCACUUGAAAAGACCAGUGGUGCCACCCCAGUCUUUAAUCCCAGUGUUUUCCACUGCCAACAGGCUAUGACUAACCUGCAGCUCCCGCAGCCAGCAUUUUUCCCUCCAGGGCCAAUACUGUGCAUGGCACCCGCUUCAAGUAUUGUGCCCAUGAUGCACGGUGCUACACCUACCACUGUGUCUGCUGCAACAACACCUGCCACCAGCGUUCCGUUUGCUGCAACAGCUACAGGCAAUCAGAUACCCUAUUUAUCAGUAGAUGAACUGAAUAGCACCAUGUUUGUUUCACAGAUGUAGAAGUUACCAGUAGAACAUUGAAAUUCUGAACAGCAGAGUUAUGGAGUAUCGGAAUCUCUCCAUGAGAACCUCCAUAUGGCCUUUUUAUAUCUAUUCUCAUACAUCCUCUUCUACCAACACAACAAUAAGUGUAGUACAGUCAAUAUAUUAAAGAAGGCAAACAUAUAAACCAACAGAUUCAGAUAUUAACAAGCAUUAAAAAUGGAGAUGUUGAAAGAAAACACAAAUAGAAAACUAAUAACUACCAUCGAUCUUAAUUGGAUUUGAUAGAUAGAUAUGACCAUGAAAAUUUGUAGCUUGUUAUGUUACUCUUUGUGAUUUUCCAAUAACCAUUAUACUAGGUGAAUUUCUGUAGUGGACUGUUGGUUUACUGUACAUUCUUGGUGGAUAAAUGUUCAUCUGUUUUGAAGUGUUACCUUACUAUUUUGUUUACACAGUAGCUUGUUGGGUUGAUUUAGAAUGUAAUGAGUAUAUCUACUACCAUUUUUUCCCAUUAUUGUAUUGUGUUGUGUUGUGUUGUGUUCAAUUUUUACAUACUAUAGUAUUUCGCUGCAUAUUUUUGGUGUUUGAUUUUGACUAAGAUGUUAUUAGUGGAGAACAGAAGUGUAUGUGCUUGAAAUACAUGACAGGCUCAUGUUAAUAUUCUCUCUCUUAGAAUAUUUCUGUAGGGGCAGACAUUUCUUGGGGCAGACAUUGAAAAGACCUCACUGUUGAGUGUGCACAAAACCUGUUCAUAAACAUGUGUGUAUACAAUUUGUACUGCAGAUCUGACCUUGCAUAAUACAAUCUAACUACUAAUUGUUUUUGUAAGAGAGAAAUAAUUACCUGCACAAAGCAGACAACAGCUUAAAAUAUUAACCACUAGUUCUCUUAAAUGACUUGAAAAAUAAAGACUUUAUCUUUAAAUUAAUUUUUCAGCAUUUAUUCUAAAAAUGAUAUAAAGUGUCCAUCACACUUUCUGUGGCUCAAGAAUCCUGUCUCCUGGAUUGAGUGUCUAAAACUGAGCUAUUUUUCAUUUCAUCUGAGAAACCGGUACUUGGGCUCUUAAAGAUAUGCUAAUUACAGGUUAUAAAUCAAACAGAGAAAUGGGAGUGUGGAGAUAGUUUUUACAAACUGGAGGAAAGUGUGUAAAAUCAUUGCAAUGUAACUUUUUACACAAGUGCCAUUUUCCAAAUGUAAAUGGCUCAUGCUCUUUAGACUACUCUUUGAAUAGUAAGUAAGAUGCAAUCCAGCAAAAGUCAGUUGGGGUGAAAGAGAAUUGGUUCCAAAUGAGGCCUUUCUUCCCCAAAUGGACAAUCUUUUCUAUUGAUCACAGAAGGAGACUGAGUAUAGGUUUGGAGAAAUGGCAGGGACAGGGGGUAAGGAGGGAGGCAUUUCAAUUAUCUUUUGAUUCAUUAAAAAAAAAAAAAAACUAAGAAAGAUGUCUGCAGUUGUCUUUAGCUUCAGUUCCACUGAAUUUCCAGUUUUGUUAAAUACUGCUUCAGGGUGAUACAUGGCCAGGGUUUCCCUGCCAUAACUUGAAUAUCAGAGCCUCUCCAAACGUCUUUUUAAGUUUUUCUGAUUCGUUUGCCUGUUUGAAAGUUGUAAUUGAUUUUUAGCACCCUUCGGAUGAUACAGAGUGGCUAUUUUCCACAGAGCUGAGCUGAGUUCACAUUACUUAACAUUUAUGAAGUAAUCUUACAACCAAGUGAAUUGUGGUUAAUUGAUUCCUGUGGUGUGUAGCAUGUCUCCUCCACUGUACUCAGUUCUUAACAUUACUAUUUUACAGUGGCGGAAGCAUAUGAUAUUUUACAUCAACUUUGAUUAAUAUUUUCUACUGACUAUAUGUUCUCAAACGGGGAAGUAUAAAACCAUCAGGUUUGGUUUGUAUGAAAGAGUUGCUUAUGUCCAUCAUGAAAAUGACAACAAAGAGAAAAUUGGUUAAACUAUCUACUGGUGUUUGAAUCACAGAACAAUGGAAUUGCCAAAGACCUUUUCACAUUUGAUGAAACAGGCCCAGGGCAUGGGCCGAGUCUACCUAGCCAUCGUGGGACCCAGAAGUGUCUCCUGAGUCCCAGUUGUUUCUUCUUUUCACAUUGCGCUUUAGAACAUUUCAAAUUCUAUCCUAUAACAGAUCAAUUUGGCUCAGAAAGCCUAAAAGUAAGAUUAGUUCUCUGGGAGUUGAUAUCCUGUUGAUCUUCAUUGUCAACCCAAAUCUUGAUCAGUGGUGAUUUCCAAACACUCUUGCUUGUAGUGAGCCAGUGUCAUCUGUUAACAAUGUUGCCAGGAGUUAGAGAUCAACAGUUGUUCUGACUUUUACCUGUGGACUCUUUGAACCACUUAAUUUCUGUUUCUCUAAAUCGUAACAUUGCUAGAGAAGACAGUGGAGUAUGCCUUUGGAAAUCCCUUGUGUACAGAACUGAGCUUUAUGUAAUCUGUGCCAGCACCUCUCCAGAAGGGCAGAUCUAAUUGUAUGAAUCCAGUAAGAAUGCACUUGAACUAGUCUGGAUGUAGUCCUUAAAGGAGAUGGGGACUGUUUUUGUGCAAAAUGAACUUUGGUGUAGUUUGACAUUUUGAUGCAACAUACUAUCUCAUCUAAUCUUUUAAACUUUUGGCAAAGAUGUACAUAGUUAAGAAACCUAGAGUACAGCCAUAUUCAUGUUGCUUUAAGCACUGGAAGACGUUAAAAUGACUUAGUUUUAGUAGAGGUUCAGUGAGAGUUAUUUAGGGUUGUU